GAAGAAGCGAGGGUCAGCUGGAAGAGGUUGGUGAUCGUAAAGCCGUGUUUGUUUUUCUGUUGUCAAUACGUCUAAAACAACAACAACAAUUCCUGUUCCUGCCAGAAAGUGAAUUUAGACUUUAGAACACCACCAUGUCUUUGCGGGCCUUGAGGAAACUCCAGGGCGGACGCGGGGAACUCGAUUUCCCAAACAACGUCUCAGAGGAAGAAGAUGAUGAGGAAGAGGAGACCAGGAAUGAGGGCCCCAAGACGUCCCCAUCGUGGCCUCCAAAGGGCAAAAUAGGUUCGAAAUGCUGCUGCAAGGCUCUCCCUCGGAGUCUGAGGUGAAGGAAGACGACGACCUGACAGAGACAGGAGAUGGCAGGGAAGACGGGAGGCAGAACGGAACAUCCCCCCAGCCACCGGUUUCCUCGGGGGCUCGGCGGAAACGCAAGAAGAAGAAGAAGAAAGGGAGGCCAAAGUUCCCAGCCAGUAGUGAAGAUCAGAUGGAUGAUGAUGAUGUGAAUUUCCCUAAUCCACAGAAUGAUGAUGUAGAUGACAUAGACUCGAUCAUUCAGGAAGUGAAUGCCAUCACAGGUGAAACUGGAGUUCAAGUACGGGUUGAGAAGACCACAGCAGUUGACAAGAAUUCUCGCAAUCUCUUGAUGGUGGAGCACAAGCAUCUCAAUCCUCAGAAUGAGAUGAAGAGGAUAUUUGGCUCCCGCGUUGUUCAGGCAAACGAAAACAAGCGCCGUGGCAGACCGAGCAGAUCAGGUCGUUCCACAUGGAUUGUUCAGGGUCAGCCCCAGUGGUCACAGCAUCAAAAACCUGGGAUAUCCAUGGUGCUUGUGGACUCGGACACGCCCUACCCAGUAUUUAAGUAUGUUCAUAGCACGGCCUAUCAACAGUUCCAGUUCAAAUUCCUAGAAGCUGUUGAGUCCUUAAACCCCGAAAAUAUAAUGACACUGCUCAAUCUCGAACCCUUCCACGUGGAUACUCUUCUCCAAGUCUCCGAGAUCUUCCGGUUAGGUGAUGACUCUGCAAUGGCUGCAAUGUUGAUUGAGAGAGCCCUGUAUGUCUUGGAGUCUUCUAGCCAUCCAAUGUUUAAUAUUGCUACUGGGGCUUGUAGGCUUCAGUACCGACAGCAAGAAAACAGGAGUUUUUUCAUAGCUCUAUUCAGACAUAUCUUAAAUGUGGGCCGGAAAGGGUGUUACCGCACAGCCCUUGAGCUCUGUAAGUUGCUCCUCAACCUCUCCCCGGAUGACGACCCUCUGGCUGUCUCCCUCAUGCUGGACUUUUACGCUCUUCGGGCACAGGAAUACAGUUGGCUCGUUGCUCUUUAUGACCUCUACGAACCCACCAAAAAUCUAUCUAUGUUGCCCAGUUUCUCGUUCUCCGUUCCUCUGGCCUUGUUCCAUUUAAGUGAAGGAGUCAACCAUCCCGUAGGGGGAGAUAAGAGAGACACCAACAGAGCCGCAUUUCUUGCUGGAGAUCUAGGAACACGAGAGCAAAUGAGAGAAAGGGCCGACACCAUGCUGCAGCGUGCGUUGGUCAUGUUCCCAGGGGUGCUGAUGCCGCUGCUUGACAAGUGUAGCAUUCAACCAGACCCUGUUGUUGCUAGUCAUGCCUUCUUUGGCCCCACUGCACAGGAUGAGCAGAGCAAAGGGCUCAGUCAGAUAGUCAACUUAUACUGUGGAAGAAACUACCAUGUUUGGAAGGAGGCAGGAGUCAUGUCUUGGCUGGAAGAAAAUGUUAAAACAGUAUUGGAACGUGUGGACAAGGAGGACCCAUUGGUCAAGGAAGGACAAGAGAUGCGCAAAGUUAGAUACCAGGGAACCCCAAUGGCCAUCUAUAGACAUAUUAUUUUAGCCGAGAUCAAGGAUGCAACAGCCUCGCUACCUCCUGCUCUGGCAAACACCCCAGUUAUGAGUUUCGACCCCUUGCCGCCCCCUGACUCCAUCUGCGGCUACACUCGGCCCAUAGUGUCGGCCAACAGAAUGCAGGCCUCGUCUAACAUUCUGGCAUCCUUCUUUCGAUCCCUCUUGCCCAACUACAACCCUAAUGCACCGGACGCAGCAGAGUAAGUGAAAGAUGAAUCG